AAGGUCAGAGGUCGUGUUUGCGGUGGGCGGAGCUCGCGCACAGGUGAAUCAAACCUUCAGCUCACCUGAGCGCCCAAAUCUCUCACACUUUCGGCACACAGGAGUUCAAACGUGUGUUUGUGAAGCUCCGAAUAUUUCAGGGGAUGUUUCGUGACAGAACCGCGUGUUGUUUCGGGUGUGCGCUGGAUCUGAAUGAACACGAACAUCUUUAACGGGCAGAAGAUCCGGAUGAGAAACAUGUUCGCGAGAUGUGAAAGGAAAAUAAACUGACGGACAUAAAACAAACAACAUGACAAAACUUCUGACCUGCCUCAGUGUUUUAUAUAUAACUGCAAUGGUGUGUGUUCAUGGGGAGUUCAUCGAGCCGCCUCCUUCCAUGUCGCUGCGCUCCUUCUCUGACACACAGACGCGGCUGCCGUGUUGGUUUACGGUGGACGGGGAUGAGCGAGUCGUGCAGGUGACCUGGUCCAGACAGAAACCUGGAGGACAGCGAGAACAAAUCAUCAUUGGACACUUCACUGAGGGACCCAAAGCAUCUCCUGAUUUUGUGAAUCGUGUUCAGUUUGCGAGUGCUGAACCAACUCUGGAUUCCACACUGUUGAUCCUGAACACAAAGGCGGCAGACGAGGCCACAUACACCUGUCACAUCUCAACAUUUCCCUCCGGAAACUUCGAGAGACAGAUCAGUCUCACCGUCUGGAUUUUGCCAAUCUCGUCCCUGGACCCGGUAAUCCUGCAGGAAGGACAAUCGUUCCGUCUGGCUGCUUCCUGUCGUUCGGUUGGCCACCCACCGCCGCGCCUCUCCUGGGACACGGACAUUCCUGGCCAGUCACAGGACCGGACCGGAGAGGAUGGGGUCGUGAGCUUGCAGUUUUCCCUGCACCCUCUGCGCAGCAUGAAUGGCGGCCGUCUGGACUGUCUCGUGUGGCAUCCAGCUUUAGACGUCCCACGAAGACUACACACCAACCUGAUCGUGCACUUUCCUCCAGACGCAGAGAUCGAAUCUUCCGGUUCCUGGAGGUUUGGUCACAUAGGGGCGGAGCUCAGGUGUGCGGUUAGAGGAAACCCACUGCCACAAAACAUCACCUGGUCCAGGAAGGAAGGACGUUUGCCUGCUGGAGUUUCGGUUCAGGGUGAUAAACUGGUCUUCAGACGGCCUCUGAACGUGUCUGAUGAGGGCGUGUAUGUCUGUCAGACAGCGAACAGUGUGGGGAAGGUUAAAGCCGAGUUUAAAGUGGUGAUUGAAAGACAGACAGAUGGAUUCACAUCAGCGAUCUGGAGUCAACCAGAGACCCUCCUCAUCAUUUUGGGGGCAUCCGUCGCCGGGGCUGUGGUGGUCGUCAUGGUCAUCGUCAUCAUCUUCAUGAACUGUCACCUUAGACGCAAGAACAGGAAGUUGAAAAGUGCGAUCAGCGAAAGAACAGUCGAAAUGAUCAGCCUCUCACGACAGGUGUCCAUGAGAAGACUCAACUCAGUCAACUCGGAUCCCAGAAUACAGCCCGAAGAGAGCUCGUUGAUUCGAGGGGACAGUGUCAUGAAAAACAGUGUAUUAUCAAUUGAGGAUCAGUCCACACGGAGUGACCCGAGAGGAAGAUACGCUGACGGAGAGUUUGACAGUCUUGGGCGUCCUGCGAUCCACACGCCGUACCGGCCGGAGCGAGCCAGUAUGAGGCUGAGAGAGGAAGAGAAUAAAGAACGACGACGAAGAGUCGAAUCUUACGUGAGGACCAGCAACAUGUCUCUGGAUUAUGGUCUUCAAAGUUCUUCCGCGCAGAGAGAUGCGGAGAUGGGCGGAGCGGGGUGGAAACGAGGCUCUCGCAAAGAGAUUCACCGAGAGGAACGUGACCAGAGAGACGGAGAGAUGCAGAGGGAUAGAAUUCCCGAAGGAGAGGAAGACAACUCUUAUCAGUUAUCUGAAGCCACGUCGAACUACUUCCAGUACAGUAACGGUGGACUCACUCCAAAGGCGAAUCCAAACUGCAUCAUACUGCACACACGAGGACAAAUCAUCUAACGGACCGUAGGUGGCACCCUUUGUAUCCCCCGGAAAUGAAGAUGUAAACAAAGUGUACUUGGAUCGUCGCUAUGGUUACAAAAGUGACACGGACAGAGUGUUAAAGUCACAGUUCACCUCACGUUUGUCCAGAACAGCACGGCGUUCUUUCUUCUGUGGGACGCCAAAGCAGAGGUUUAGCAGAAUGUUCACACUGCUCUUUUCCAUUCAGUGAAAGAAUACAGUGAGCAGGGGGCGGAUUCAUCGAAAUCUUCUUAAAAAGUGCAACUUAGAAGCCAACCAGCUCUAAGCAUUGGGAAAACUAAAUAUUAUAAAGUCACUUUUUUGAAGUUGAAAAGUUACGGGCAACAAAGUGAAUUUUCACAUUUCUUGACCCGUAGGUGGCGCUGUCACCAAACUUGGCACGCACUCUCAGAGGAUGGUCCUGAUGAAGCAUACCAAGAUUCGUUUCAAUGCGACAAAGCGUUUCCGAGCCAAAACACCUGUUUUACCCUACUUUUAGUACCUUUUUCAGCUCGACAGCGUCUGUCCCUGUUCACUUUCAUUUUAUGGCAAAGAGCAGCCUGAACAUUCUGCGUAAUAUCUCCUUUUUGGUUCCACAGAAGAAGAAAGUCAUAUAAGUUUGGAACAGCGUGAUGGUGAGUAAAUGAUGACGUAGUUUAAGUAAGAUGCCUAAAAUGAACAACUAACUCCCUUGUAUAUAUAUACAUAAGAGGAUUUGAUGGGACAAUGAAGAAUCGUAGGAGAGUUUUCAAAGUCUUUGCUGGAUUAUGAGGCGUAUCGGCUUCAAAGAGAUUUCAGCAGACAUACAGACAUGUGCAGUGUGGUUAAAUAUACGCCUGUGAACACCUGCACAUCUCCGCUGACUCUCAGACUCGAAGUGAAUCUUCUGGACCAAGUCUGUGCAAACGUUGUGUUGAUCAUAAUUGUUUUGCCUCAUCUAGACACAGUCUACCUCUGCAGCGCUCACAGAUGUGAAGAUUUUGGAUGUUAAAACUCUGACUCUGAGACUCUGACUUUGAGAAUUUGAGACUUUGACUGACUGAGUCUUUGACUCUGAGACUUU